AUGGAAAGAAAUAUUGUUUAUCUCUUACUUUUUAAAAUUGCUGGGUUUCUUUUUUUUUUAUCUUGGAUAUGUUAUUUUAGCAAUGAAGUUUGUACGUUUAAUAGAUCUUUAAGUAAUAACUAUAACAUUGUUAACAAGUUAGGAACAAGAAAUUAUAGAUUAUUAGCAAAAUAUAAGCAGGAUAGGGAUUUCUAUUGUGUAGAAUUAAAAGAACAUAUAAAUAAUAAUUGGAAUCAACAAAAAAAAUAUAUAUCUAAUAAUGAAAAAGGAAUCAAAAGAAAAAACAAAAAAUAUAAUAGAAAUUCGUUAAACAAAGCACAAUAUUAUACAGAAGUAAUCGAUUAUAAUAAUGGAAUGUUUGAUGAAAAACAUUUCCAUUUUGAAAAAAAAUGGAUAAAAAAAAAAGAUGACAAUUUUCUUGAGAAAAGAAGGAGAAUUUGUGAUAUAGCUUUAAAAAAAAUAAAAUAUAAAAAUUACGGAUAUAUAGUUGCUAUGUAUUUAAUUUUUUCCUUGUUGGUAGUAGGAAUAGAUGUAUUACCAAGAUUAAAGUCUUUGGAUACUGCAUGGAAAAAACUUGAUAGUGGCAAUAUAUUAAGAACUUUGUAUGACUAUGUAAAAAGCUGGGAUAAAACAGUAAAAACCUCUGUUUAUUUAACAUUAUUUAGUGUAAUUAUAAUUAUAUUGAUUAUUGUACUUGUGAUAGGAAUUUGCAAUGUCCUAAGUAAUAAUGAAAAACAUAAUAAAAUUAAGUUGAUGAUUGAGAAAAAUGAAUAA